GAAAUGAUUCCAAAAAAUGUAGAAGUCUUUGCCUAGUAGGUCACUGCGAAGUGCUAAAAUCUGAAGAAAGGAAGAGCAGUUCACAAAUGCUUAUCUCCACAUUGUUCAUUGGGCUGCCCUAACCUCCCCUGCUCCCAGAGGAUACCAGAUGGCUUUACAAUUGAGGUGGUUCGAACACAGAAGGCCCUUUUUCCUUUUAUUAAUUGCUCAGCUAUCUGUACAUUGGCCCCCACACCUGCCACCUGACCAGCGCAGCUUCUGCCUCCCUCAGCACUGCCAGCUGGGGGUUUUCUUAGACUCAUCCUCUGGGCCACCUUCCGCUCCUCUCCCUCCCUCUGCGUUAACAUCCAGGCCACCCUCAUUACUCCUUGGCAACCUAGCUUGGGUUGGCCUCCUCAGCCAGCCUUCCAGACUGCUCUUUCUCUCCCUUGCAGCCUGUCUUGCACACCACUGUGGCCAGGUCAGUCUUUUGGAGAAUACCAUUUCCUUACAUCAUGGCCCUGUUUACAAAGCUGUUUCCCAUUUGCCUAUCACAUCAGAUCAAAUCAGAACCCUUCGGCUCUGGAUUGAAACCGAUGCCACUGUUGCUGGCAAGCCUCAUUGCCCUCCGAUCCCGGCGUUGGCCUCUGUCCCUGUCAGGCCUCGUAAGAUGCUGCUCUCUGCCGUCCUGCCGUCUCCAGCUCUGCCUGCAUGUUGGUCCUGCAUUGCUCUCCACCUCACAGACUCUUAUUCCACGGCUCUGGCCAGUCCAAAGCAUACAUGGCCCAGUUAGUUCCCUUUUACUUGAAAUAUUCCCUGAGGAGCCCCCAGGUAUUUUUCCUUACUCACUGGAGACUUGUAGUCAGGGCCACACUGAUGUCAUUUGGGAAUUAUUUGCAAAGUCACAGAUCUG